AGUGCAGCAGACGAGCAAUCUCCAACAGCGCUUUCUAUCGCAGCAACGCCCCAUGCGACAGCGACCCCCAUGCGACACCCCCCGAGCAAUAGCCUCGUCAGAGUGCAUCUUGUCCUGUCCUGUCCUGUCCAGUCCUGUCCUGUCCUGUCCUGUCCUGUCCAGUCCUGUCCUGUCCUGUCCUGUCCUGUCCUGUCCUGUCCUGUCCUGUCCUGCAACCGCAAAUCGCCGCCCACUCAAUCAAGCCCCAUUCGAAACAACGCCGCACAAUAGCGCGUCUGUGCGCAGCCACCCACACGGCCACCGCGCGCGUGUCCGCCGCCUUCUGGGCUCGCCGGCCUUUUAUACCCUUCGUUUCGCCGCCUGUUCCUCUGUCUCCAUCUCUGCCUCCAUCUCUGCCUGCUAUCCACUCGCCGCUGCAUCCACCAUCAUGGCCGAGAAGGGAAACCAGUACCCCGCCUAUUCCGCUCCCCAGUAUGCCCCUCCUCCCGGAGCUCCCCAGUACGCCCCCCCUCCCGGAGCUCCCCAGCAGUAUGCUGCUCCUCCCGGCGGCCCCCAGUACGCCCCUCCCACCACCAGCGCUCCUUACUAUCCUCCCCAGGGCGCUCCUCAGUACGCUCCUCCUCCCGGUGCUCCCCAGCAGUACGCCCGUAAGUUCGUCGUUCCCUGCACCGCAUUGGUUCCCAGUCGUUCUGUUGCCCACGCUGGCCGCUGUUGACCCCAUAUCACUUCUGUCCCGCUUGAAAAAUGGCUGGUGUCGACUCGCUCUUGCCGUUUAUCUUGGAUCAAAUCGACACGACCUUGGCAUUUCGUCUGUGGCUU